AACCUGAUUUUUUUUCUUGGCACCGACCUGGAAUCGGACUCAGCUGUGAAGGUUCCUCGAUUCCCGAUUAGGGCGAAAAGUGAUAAGUUUGCACUUUAGGACUUUGUAAUAAUAAAAACGACAGGAAAAUGUUGGGAAAAGCGGGACCUAUCGCCGUCCAAUUCGGACAACAGCAGGUACGUGGUAUGGCGACCCUCAAGGCGAUAUCCAUGAGGCUCAAGUCCGUCAAGAACAUCCAGAAGAUAACCCAGAGUAUGAAAAUGGUGUCCGCCGCCAAGUAUUCGAGGGCGGAAAGGGACUUGAAGCAGACCCGCCCUUAUGGAGACGGUGCCAAGUCUUUUUACGAAAAAAUCGAAGCUACACCUGCUGACGAGACAACCGACAAGAUAAUUAUCGCGAUGACCUCUGACAGGGGCCUCUGCGGUGCCGUCCACACCCAGGUGGCCAGGCAUAUCAGGAAUGAACUGUGCGAACACCCCGCAAACACAAAGGUGAUCUGCGUCGGAGACAAAUCCAGGGCCAUACUCCAGCGUCUAUUCGGCAAGAACAUAUCCGUUGUCGCCAACGAAAUCGGAAGGAAGCCACCGACUUUUCUCGACGCCGCACGCAUCGCAAAUGAAGUUGCUAAGCAGAAUUUCUCAUCGGGGAAAAUUGUGUUCAACAAAUUCAAAUCUGUAGUCUCUUAUACGACAACCGAAUUACCGCUCCUUAGCGAAGCGUCUGUUUCCAGCGCUCCAAAAUUGUCUGUCUAUGAUUCUCUCGAUGCCGAUGUAAUUCAGAGCUAUGUCGAAUUCUCAACGGCUUCUCUCGUGUAUUACGCUAUGAAGGAAGGAGCCUGCAGCGAGCAGUCUUCAAGGAUGACGGCUAUGGACAACGCUUCCAAGAAUGCUGGUGAAAUGAUUGAAAAGCUCACUCUUACUUUCAACAGGACUCGUCAAUCUGUCAUCACUAGGGAGCUCAUUGAAAUCAUCUCGGGUGCUGCAGCCCUCGAGUAAUUUCAAAUUUAAUUAUUCUUCAAGGGAUUAGAAGCCAUAGAUUAUUGCACACAGAUUAUAUAAAACAAUAUUGAUAAAUGUAAAAAUAAUUUUCUGUUAAAACUCUUCCCCAUCUGGUGUAACAUUUAAUAUGAAUAAAAAAAAGAAAAACAAA